AUGGGACCACAGGAGCCUGAAUCCGAGACCAAGGAACGUCCAACACAGCCAGAGCAUGAUGUUAGUAAAGCAGGAACAAAGCGGGUUUCAAAAAGCUCGGUUUUGCGACUUCUAAUUGUGUUUCGAAUCAUCAACAGCUUUUUUGUUAAAUCAUUCUUUCAACCCGAUGAGUUCUGGCAAUCCCUCGAACCGGCACAUUUUAAAGCAUUUGGAUAUGGAGAAUUGACUUGGGAAUGGAAAUUUGGAUUGAGAAGCUACGCUUUUUCGUUUUUGUUCGAAUUAGUUUACCGUGCGGUAUCGCUUAUAUCAAUGAUUUUGGCAGCCAUUGUGGCUUACUGCACUAGCGUUUUUACAGUGCUAGUCAGAAAUCUGAUACCCAAUUGUGCAAUAGCGCUAGAGAUGGUUUUAGAAAUGCAGAAGUUUCCUCAAGAAGUACGAGAAUCUAUCGAAUAUCAAGGUGUCAUUUAUGGCCCAAAGAUCAUAAUGGCAGUCUUGGCAGGAGUCGGGGAAUGGUAUGCCAUACGUUUUGCAGAAAAAGUCUACACUUCAUGUUUCGAGCACAAUACGAAGGAUAAGAGCCGUAACGUCGCGCUUGUAAGAAGAAAUGCCCUGAUUCUAUCGAUGACCAACUUUUUCAACUGCUUUUUCAUUACAAGGACUUUCAGCAACACUUUUGAAACCGAUCUAACCAGCAUAGCUCUGUAUAAUUGGGACUGGUCUGGUGGCAACCAUGUGGCAUCAACCAAAUUUGCCGUCAGUCUGAUUUUGGGCCUCUUUCUGUGUCUUCAAAGACCAACAAACGCAUUUGUUUGGUUGCCCUUGGGUCUUUUCUUGACUUUCAACCUAUUGAGGACCCGCCGCUUCAAGACACUAGUCCGUUUGUUCUACAGAGUGGUCUUUGCAUUAACUUUCGUGACAGCCGUAAAUUUAGCAGUUGAUUACUAUUUCUACGGAAGGAUAGUGUUUCCGGCAUUGAGAUUCGUGAAGUUCAACUAUACAAGUGCAUUAUCAGAAUUUUACGGCACCGCUCCCUGGCACUUUCACCUAUUGCAAAGUGUGCCACUCAUAGCUGGUUAUUCGCUACCUUUAGUGAUCCUCGGCAUGUACUCGUUGAAAUCGACGACCAAACGAAGUCUUUUAAGCGAUCCGCUGAAGCAAGUUAAGCUUGUCAUCAUUCUUCAGAUUGUGAUUUUCUCUGCUAUUCGCCAUAAAGAGUUCCGUUUUGUUUACAACCUGCAGCCAUUUUUCCUUGUAAUAUCUAGUAUCUUUCUGAUGAAAGUCCUGCCCGAGGCUCAAAACGGAGAGCCAGAACUACUCAAAUGGUACUUUUGGAUACCGCCGUUCAUUUCUGUUGUCGCAGCCAUGGUUCUUUCCUCUUUCCACGAAACAGGUGUUAUCGAAGUCACCAAAUAUCUGCAUAAUAUCCCCGAGGUACACAGCAUAGGGUUUGUAAUGCCCUGUCACUCUACUCCUUGGCAAUCUCAUAUUCACAGGAACAACACGCAAGACAUUUGGUCUAUUUCGUGCGAGCCACCUUUGCACUUGCUUCAGGAUCCAUCCGCCAGGGAAAAACUUCCAUAUUACAUGGAUGAGAGCGAUCGGCUCUACGAAGACGCCUCUAAGUUUAUAUACCAAAACUUCCCGCCGAUAUUUCGCAAAAACCUCAGAUCACCCGAUAAAGAAUGGAAUUAUGAAUGGCCACAGUAUCUGGUGAUAUUCGAGCAUCUCGACGAUCUGUACUUGAACAAGCUUCUUACAGAUAGCGGCUACAGAGUGGACGCUAGGUUCUUCAACACGUUGAGUCAUUGGGACUCUAGAAGGUCUGGCGAUGUAAUUGUUUAUUACAAGCCACCAUGGUUCUGA